CGCACGUUUCUUCCUUCUGUCACCGGUGCUUCCCACAAUCCUCCUUGAUAUGACGCACUUCCGUACAAACACGGAAACACGUGACCAUCACGUAAAAAUUCAGUUAUUUUGUUGCUAGUUGAGCAGCUGCUAAAAGAGAUUUCGGUUGACUUCCGAGGAGGAGUAAAGUUUUAGGCGUCACAAUGGGUGAAAGAAAAGGAACCAAUAAGUACUACCCUCCAGAUUUUGACCCAGCUAAGCAUGGGUCUCUCAAUGGAUACCAUAAAACUCACGCCUUGCGGGAAAGGGCCAGGAAACUGUCCCAGGGGAUCCUCAUUAUCAGGUUUGAAAUGCCAUACAACAUCUGGUGUGAUGGCUGCAAGAAUCACAUUGGCAUGGGCGUUCGUUAUAAUGCUGAGAAGAAAAAAGUGGGGACCUACUACACCACGCCAAUCUACAGGUUUAAGAUGAAGUGCCACCUUUGUGUGAACUACAUCGAGAUGCAGACGGAUCCAGCAACAUGCGACUAUCUCAUAGUAAGCGGGGCACGCAGGAAGGAGGAGCGCUGGGACAUGGAAGAAAACGAGCAGAUCCUAACCACCGAACGGGAGGAGAAGGAGAAACUGGAGACGGAUGCAAUGUUCAAGCUGGACCACGGAGGCAAAGACAAAGAAAAGCUCAUCAAAGCUCUGCCCAGCCUGACUGAGAUCCAGGACUAUCAGUCUGGCUGGAAGGAUGACUUCCAGCUCAACAGCACCCUCCGCAAGAAGUUCAGAACAGAGAAAAAAAUGAUGGCUGAUGAAGAGGAGAAGGACAACGCUGUACGGAUGAGGACCAAUCUCUCUAUACCGCUGCUGCCAGAGAAGGAAGAGGACAAGAAAAUUGCUGCUCUGCUCACUCUCCAGGCACCUCACUCUUAUGAGGAAAAACAGCACAGCAAGAGGAAAGAGAUCGCCUCCCGCUCUUGGUUUAAAUCCCCGUCAGCUCCAGCAGGGGGAGCUGCAGGCAGCCUGCUCCAAAAGCUGGGCCACCAAGGGAAAGAAGCAGCCGUGGCCAAAGCUCUGGGCUCCUCACACAACCCCGUUCUCUGCAGGCGCGCAGCAGGAUCCGGAUUUGCCACCGUCGCCCACAAAAAGACCAAACUAGAGGCAGUUCCUUCCAGUGAGACGAAGGAAACCACCUGUACCGUGCAGGGCGCGGCUAACGGGAGAGCUGCACGUGAGGUGCAGGAAUGUGUCACAGAUGAUGCAGACAAAAAACUGAAUAGCACAGAAGAAUGUGCAAAGAAGGAGCAGCAGAGCCAACGUUCUGCAGCAACCACGUCUUUAGUGGCAGACUACAGCGACUCUGAUUCGGAUGGUGGAGAAUGAGCAGCUGGAGACGGAAAACAGACUGAACACAAAAAGAAGUCAAGCUGUUGCAAAUCCUGGUCACCAAUUUCAACAUCUUUAGGAGGUUUUAAGUGAGAUCACUUGAAACAAUUCUGUUCUGCUCAUGUGAUUUGGAAGGGAAUGUUGUAAAGGAAAAUGCGUCACUGUUUAACAGGUUCCUACAUAUUUUAUUUUUACUAGAGUUUUAAAGGAGGCUGGUGUUGCAGGUGGAUGAAAAGGAGAAAAAAAACAAGUGGAGCUUGUAUAAAUGUGGAGGAAACACAUGACCUUGUGAUCCCAUGUUUAUGUACAUCUGAAUGAGGAACUUGUAUGUUUGAUCUGAUAGAGCAGCCUCACUCAUAAGCUAAAUAAACUGGUUAAGGUAAACAUUGUUCAGCAGGUUGUGGUAAACAUGUUCAUGUUAUUAUUUGUUGUCCUUCGUGAUGUGUCUUGUUUGCCCACUUUGAAUAAAUUGUCUAAUAGUC